AUGACCUCGACAACGACAACCUCCGCCGCCAUCCUAUCUAUCCUCACCUCCAUCGGCGGCAUCACCGGCUACGCCCGUAAAGGAUCCAUCCCCUCCCUCGCGGCCGGCUUAUCCGUCGGAGCGCUCUACCUGCUCAGUUUCCUACGGCUGAAGGAUGAAAAACCCCAUGGGGAGGAAUUGGGGCUUCUUGCGUCCCUGGUGUUGGCGGGUGGUGCGGUGCCGAGGGUGAUUAAGACUAAGGGGAAGCCGGUUCCUUUGGCUUUGUUGUCGGUUGCGGUGUAUGGGGGGUUGAUUUAUGGGCUGGCUGUUUGGGAGAAGAGAGGGCUCUAG